GAAUUCUGCCGCUUACACCGCCUAAAUUGUUUGCCUUUCGCGUCCACCCGAGUCGAGGCGCCCAGUGGCCCUACCUAAAAACCACCCGACUCCAUUAAUUGCACAGACCUCCAACAUCAAAGCUUCUACCAGUAUUUCUUGAACAACAGCCGAAACAGCGCAUUUGCAUUUUGAUCAGUAGUUCUCUUUGGUCCGCGUCAUAUCGCGUCAAGUCUGGCGUUGUCCGUCGGGCUUAUUACCCAACCCUUUCGUUGAGCUAACUUGCUUGGAGUUGGUCCUAUUGCUUGCUCGCUUGCUCCCUUUUUUUUAUCUUAAUCUGGUGUCACCUGGUAACGCGACGUGUACAUUUCACUCGCCGCCAUCAUGGCACAAGAGAUUGCUGUUCAGGGGCCUCUUGCUAGUAUGAAUGAGCUUGCUGGUCUUGCUGAGAAGGAACGUCACCAGAUCGAACAGUAUGAGAAGAUUGUACGCUUCUCUACAACUGUUCUCUCUGGUAAACAUCCGACUAUCAAGGUCCCCUCUAACUUUAUCCCUUCCACGCAAACUUCCAUCCAUCCGAUAGAUACUUCCACGCAAGAUGGAACGCCGAGUAAGCAGACAGACGCUCAAUGGCAAACCAUCGCCAACGAAAAGCAAGCAGAUGUGUCUGCUACCGACAACAGCAAGCCAUAUGGGUCAGGAUCUACUGAGAUCAAUCCCAUAUUUCUAGAGAAAUCUGAGGAUUUGGUCAAAGCAGAGUUGAAGCUGCAGAGACAGAGGCUGGAACGUGCUCUGAGGGACGAAGUUGAUCAGAGACGAGUAACUGCUAAGACCGUGGCGCAAGGGGAGCCUGUUGUCGAAUUCGAUCUUAACGAGGUCUUGACGAAAGCCUUGACGCUUGUGGAAAGCAAUGCUGGUCCCGAAACUACCACUGCUGCUGCUGCUGCUGAUGCUACUAACAUUGACAAUGCAAGUGAUUCCUUCGAUGACAACACUUUCUACUCGUCGCAGCACAACACUCCAUCAUCCGUUUUGACUUCCCGAGUCCGUAACGAGUCCGAAGAGGCACAAGUACCCGUCGCGGAGUCGCAACCAAAGAUAAAUAGGCAAAAUGCUCCUAUUCCGCAACAGCCUUCGAGUCGUUUUGAGCAAGUCCCUCCGGGGCCGUACGCACCGAGCCAUACUAGACCUCAAGAAGCCUACGCAAAUCCAGACCCUUUUGUCGGUUCGGUGAGCGUUAACAGCACUUCCCGGCCUGUGCAGGUUCCUGGCCUUGCUACUUAUAAUGCAGACAAGACAGCACCUAGGCAGGAUAGAAGUGCCAGACAGAGUCCCAGUAAUGGGGAGAGCGAUAGGCGUAGAGCUGAUUACGGAUCAGCCUCUCGACAGCCUCCCCGUGAACACUAUAUUGACAGCCGUCCCCCUUCUCCUCUGAUCAGAGCACAUGAGAGACCACACCAGAAUGCGCAGACUUCGCCAUUAAUGAAUAAUAGGCCACGACCUCGGGCUGCCGAAGCGACGUCGACUUCGUCGACUGGUACUCCCGCUCAAGUUGCUGCUCUCAGGAAUGAGCCAGUCGCUGUCACUAGUCCUGAAAGCUCGCCUCAAGGCGGUGCAUCGGAUAGACGGAAACCAAAAAAGAAGAAGAGAAAGGCUGACAGGCAAGCGCCCGAAACUGAACCAACGCCUUAUAUCAAGGCCGAACCUAGAUCUCCCUCCCCUAUGAAUGCCCCUUCCUAUAUUCGUCCCAAUAAACGUCAAAGGUACGCUCAGCAACAGCCAGAUGAACCUGUCUACGAGGAAGUUGGUUACGAGCCUCGCCCGGCUCUCUAUCCCCCAGAACCUGUGCCUGUGCAUAAUCGUCAAGAGCGAGAUGAUCGAGUGCCGAUAGGGUAUGACACAGUAGGCUUUUCAUCACAACGUGCAGCGAGCACCACUGUUCCUGGAACUGCUGUCUAUAGGAGAGAAUAUGCCGAUGAUCGACACGUUUCCGGUGGACCGUAUCCUAUUGAACAGUCCCCACAUGGUCCCCCUCCUCACCAGAGCCUAUCAAUGGGAACUGCAGGCUCCCAGGUUCGACCUAACGACGGUUAUCCACGCCCAUCGUGGCCCUAUGCGGAAGUACAUGAAGCGUCACCUACAGGCUUAAGACCAGAAGGCGAUGUGUUCAUGGCACCGCACAGGCCGCCGCCAACUCGAAUUAUCGUAGAUGCUUAUGGACGUGAGUAUAUUGAGCCACCACGUUCGACAAACAUCCGGCACUCCGCAGCUCCUCCCGCUCGAUCCGGGGAGCCUGAGAUCUUUUAUGAACGAACUCCGGUUCGGAGGCCCCAGGCGAUGGAGGCGUACGAAGAAGGAGGGGCAGUCUACAGGAUACGUUCGCCAUCGUAUAUGCCCAGGCGGGUCGUCACACAACCUGAGUACGUUUCGCAGGAUUACAGGGACCAUAGACCGCGUGAGUAUUCAACACGGCCAAUAGGUCCCUCAGGGGAAUUCGUUGAGGUGAUGGCACCUCCAGAACGAAGACGUAUGGAAGACGGGACGAGAGAUUAUAUUACAAGGCCGACCAGCGUGCGACCAGCAGAGCCUGUUCGGUAUGAGGUCGCCCGGGACUACGGCCGAGUGCAGAGCGUGCGACCCGAGCCACCCGUACGUCAAUAUGCCACAAGCGUCCACCCGGAGGGCCGCCGUGAGGCUGUACAGCCUUACGCGCGGGAAUACGGUGCCAUUGCUGCAGAACCAGGCGUUGUGAGACAGGAGUACAGCACGCGGCCGGUGGAGCGAUACUACAAUCAACCGAUGAGAGGUGGGGAGGAGAUAGCUUUCAUUGAAAGACCGCGAGGAGCAACGCAGGAGAUUGUUUACGCAGAUGAUGCGAGGAGGGAGGUUUAUCGUUAAGCUAGGUCAAAUCGAAACAGUGUUAAAAUAGAACCUGGUAUAGUUGUCAUCAGACGGGAUUACCAAUAUAAUUUAAUGACGAAUGAAGACCAUUCUUCUCUCUAAGAAGUUGAGU